CAGUCAGUUUUCCUAGGUGGGAAACCUCUAUUAGCCAACCUGUUCCCCAAAAUCUUAACCCAAACAUCUCUCAUUCACACUCGCAAAAACUCCAAACAGUCUUUCUCUCUUUCUCUCUCUUUCUGUGUUUUGUAAAUAAAACUAGAGAAAGAGCAAGAAGUUUGGAAUGAAGAAUAUGUGCUGCUGAUCAAGUCCAUGGACAAGAGAGAGGAGCUGAAGACCGAGAAUUCAAUGGCAAAUUCGACAUUUUCCGAUGAUAUUCCGAGCAGUUUGCCUUUAUCGAGCAUCUUUGACAUGCCAUGUAUGGAGAGUGAUCAUCAGCAUCAUCAUCAUCAAAAGGGGUUGUCUUUAGGCUACAUGGACUUGCUGGGCAUCCAAGACUUUGACAGCCCAUCUUUAUUCGAUUUGUUUCCGGCGCCGAUGAUGCCUCAGUCUCAGCCUCCGCAACCUGAUCACCUGCAACAGCAACAAAAGCUUGUUCCCUCGCCGGCCUCCACGGUCCCGGCCGAGUCGUCCGAGGUGGUGAACACUCCGGCGACACCCAACUCGUCGUCGAUUUCUUCUUCCUCCAAUGAAGCCGCGAAUGAGGACCGAACUAAGGCUGGUGGAGAAGAGGAGGAGGACCAAGACCAUGAAAAGACUAAGAAACAGUUGAAACCCAAAAAGAAGAACCAAAAAAGGCAAAGAGAGCCGAGAUUUGCAUUCAUGACAAAGAGUGAGGUUGAUCAUCUCGAUGAUGGGUAUAGAUGGAGGAAGUACGGCCAGAAAGCUGUCAAGAACAGCCCUUAUCCCAGGAGCUACUACCGUUGCACCACUGCCGGAUGCGGCGUAAAGAAGCGCGUGGAGCGCUCCUGCGACGACUCUUCAAUAGUCGUCACGACAUACGAAGGACAGCACUCGCAUCCGUGCCCGGUGACGCCACGUGGAAGCAUUGGAAUAGCGCAGGAAUCCGCAGCCGGCUACGGCGCCAUGGGCUCGCCAUUUGGUGUACAUCCACAAGCACAAGCGCAGUAUCAACAGGCUUAUAUAUACAGCUCACAGCCGCCGCUGACUAAUUUGAAUCCCUCGUUCCAUAGUUUUGUUCGAGAGCGACGACGUUUUGCCACAUCCUCCGAAGCUUUGCUUCGAGACCAUGGGCUUCUGCAGGACAUCGUGCCGUCGCAGAUGCGGAGGGAGCCUAAAGAGGAGUAGAUUUGAUUAAUGGUAAUUAAAUGGUAUGUAAUUCUCUUACUGACUCGAUCAUCUUGGGUUUUGUCUUUUAGAUCAGAAGAAAGAAAACCCACUUCACCAUUUCUUAGAGAAGACCUUUUGGAUUGAUAAUUACCGCUGUAAAAUGAUCUAGCUAGGCUUUAGCCAUUGGAGGGACUCGUUUCUUUUUUUCUUUUUUUCUUUUUUUGUGUUAUUCUUUGUACUAAUAAAUUAUUCAAUUAUGGAGAUAUGGGGUUUGUAUCUUUUUUUCCCCUCUUUAAAGUCGUAUUCUUCUUCUUCUUCUUUCUCGUCUUGGGUACAUGUGCAUUGAUGUUAUCAAGGGGUAUAUUGGUCAGAGUAUAUACUUUAGGGUUAGGGUUUUCUCACUGAGCUAGCAGAGUUCAUCUUCUGUCUCAAAUCCUUAUAAGGAGGACUUUAUACUCGUAAAAGAGAAUAAUGAAAGCUGGGAACUUGAUCCUACUUUUUCUUUUAGUGGGGAAACCCUAAAGACUGGAUUGUUGUGAAAAG